AUGGGGCAUCACGACCGGAUUCGCGAAAGGUCACCACGCCGUGACUAUGCCUCUCACAACAGAGGAAGCCACGAUCGCGACACUGCUUAUAGGAUCGAGCUUCCUUACGAUGCCCGACCUCUGUCAAAAGCAGACCUGAAUGUUUUUGAGCCUCUUUUCGGUGAAUACCUCAGCGUUCAGAAGCAAAAGAACAUCGACACUAUGGAUGACCGUGAGGUCAAGGGCCGAUGGAAGAGUUUUGUUGGAAAAUGGAAUCACAACGAACUUGCAGCGGGAUGGUACGACCCCGACACUUUUGCUCGGAUUACCGCGGAAAACCCAGAUACGUCUCGGUCACGGCGUGCUUCAGAGCACAAGGAAGAAAGAGAGGAGCCCAUGAUGGAUGCAAAAGACCAAGGCAACGACGACGACGAUGAUGACUACGGACCUCCCCUCCCAGGGUCAGACCGCGCGCGACGCUCUGGUCCAGGAAUCCCUACGCUACAGGAUAUUUCUGAACGUGCCGAGCUUGCAGAGGAAGAUAGGCAAGCGUCCAUUACAGACCUACGUAACGCGCGCAAAGCCGAUAGGACUUUACAAAAGGAACGACUUGAUGACCUAGUCCCCCGCGCCGAAGCUGGGACUCGCGAGCGCAUGCUCGAGAAGAAGGCAGCUGUUGCAGACAAGAUGCGCUCGUUCCGCGACAAGAGUCCGGGUGCUAUGGAGGUUACCGACGAGAAAGAGCUCAUGGGCGGCGGAGAUUCGCUGGACGAGUACAAGAAAGCCAAAGAGAGGGAGCAACGGCGCAAGACGGAAAGGGAGAUUCGCAGAGAGGAGAUUGACAGGGCAAAGAGGGAAGAGAUGGAGGAAAGGAAGAGGGCCUACAUGGAGAGGGAAGAAGGUACUGUGAGCAUGUUGAGGGAGUUGGCGCGACAGCGAUUCGGAUAG